AUGGCGGGACGUGCGAAAUGUCUCCUUCUUAAACCAUUUGUCAAGUUAAAAUUACUUAACUUGAUGAAUGGUCACUCAUUUAUACAUUUAAAUAAAGCCCGUACCAUUAGUAGUUUCUUAAAACGCAGUCAUACUUGUGGAGAACUACGAGAACAUGAUGUUGGUAAAUCAGUUGUACUCUGUGGCUGGUUGCAGUAUAAAAGAUUGAACCAAUUUAUGAUACUCCGUGACUGGCAGGGAAUUACACAAGUGCUCAUUCCUUCAGAAAUGCAGCAGGAGUUACAAUCCUUCAUUUCUAACUUGCCUUUGGAAUCUGUGCUCAGAAUUGAAGGAAUCGUUGAAGCUCGACCUGAUGAUCAAAAGAACAAGAAAAUGCCAACUGGAGACAUUGAGGUCAAAGUUACUGAAUUUCAGUUGCUAAAUUCCUGCCAAGCUAAAUUACCAUUUCAAUUGAAAAAAUUCCAUGAGGUGAAUGAAUCUCUUCGUAUGGAAUAUCGAUAUUUAGAUAUUCGCACAGAGAAAAUGCAGCACAAUCUUCGACUCAGAUCAAAAAUGGUUAUGAAAAUGCGAGAAUUUCUUUGUAAUGAACAUGCUUUUUCCUUUUCUCCUUCUUUCUUCUUUUUCCUUUUCUCCUUUUUCCUUCUUUUUCCUUUUUCCUUCUUUUUCCUUUUUUCUUCUUUUUCCUUUUCUCCUUUUUUCUUCUUUUUUUCUUUUUUCUUCUUUUUCCUUUUCUCCUUUUUUCUUCUUUUUUUCUUUUUUCUUCUUUUUCCUUUUCUCCUUUUUUCUUCUUUUUCCUUUUCUCCUUUUUUCUUCUUUUUUUCUUUUUUCUUCUUUUUCCUUUUCUCCUUUUUUCUUCUUUUUUUCUUUUUUCUUCUUUUCCUUUUCUCCUUUUUCUUCUUUUUUCCUUUUCUCCUUUUUCUUCUUUUCCUUUUCUCCUUUUUCUUCUUUUUCCUUUUCUCCUUUUUCUUUUCUUUUUCCUUUUUCUUUUUUCUUUUUUUUUUUUCUUUUUCCUUUUUUUUUUUUCUUUUUCCUUUUCUCCUUUUUUCUUCUUUUUCCUUUUCUCCUUUUUUCUUUUUCUUUUUUCCUUUUUUCUUUUUCUUUUUUCCUUUUUUCUUUUUCUUUUUUCCUUUUCUCCUUUUUUCUUUUUCUUUUUUCCUUUUCUCCUUUUUUCUUUUUCUUUUUUCCUUUUGUCCUUUUUUCUUUUUCUUUUUUCUCCUUUUUUCUUUUUCCUUUUCUCCUUUUUUUUUCUUUUUCCUUUUUUCUUCUUUUUCCUUUUCUCCUUUUUUCUUCUUUUUCCUUUUCUCCUUUUUUCUUCUUUUUCCUUUUCUCCUUUUUUCUUCUUUUUCCUUUUCUUCUUUUUUCUUCUUUUUCCUUUUCUUCUUUUUUCUUCUUUUUCCUUUUCUUCUUUUUUCUUCUUUUCCUUUUCUUUUUUCUUCUUUUCCUUUUCUCCUUUUUUCUUCUUUUCCUUUUCUUCUUUUUCUUCUUUUUCCUUUUCUUCUUUUUUCUUCUUUUUCCUUUUCUCCUUUUUUCUUUUUCUUUUUUCUCCUUUUUUCUUCUUCUUUUUCCUUUUCUCCUUUUUUCUUUUUCUUUUUUCCUUUUCUCCUUUUUUCUUUUUUCUUCUUCUUUCUUUUUUUCUUUUUCUUUUUUCUUCUUCUUUCUUUUUUUCUUUUUCUUUUUUUCCUUUUUCUUUUUCUUUUUUUGAAUAGCUUCUUGAUCAGGCUGAUAAGUUUUCAAUGUUUUGUUGAUGUUGAAACACCAACUUUAUUCCGCAGAACUCCGGGGGGUGCCCGGGAAUUUGUUGUCCCUACCCACCAUCCAGGAAAGUUCUACAGUUUACCACAAAGCCCUCAACAGUUUAAGCAAUUGUUAAUGGUCGGUGGCAUUGACCGUUAUUUCCAGAUUGCAAAAUGCUACAGAGAUGAAGGUGCCAAGCCAGACAGACAACCAGAAUUUACUCAGGUAGACAUAGAAAUGUCCUUUGUAGAUAUGGAAGGUGUGAUGUCCCUAACAGAACAACUUUUGGCAGCAUCAUGGCCAGAAUCCAAAACCAAAUUCAAUCUUCCUUUCCCACGUUUGUCUUUUAAUGAGACCAUGGCAUUAUAUGGUACUGAUAAACCAGAUACUAGAUUUGGUUUUCAUUUGAAAGAUAUCUCUGCUUCUUUGCAAAAUUCUGGGAUACACUUUAUUGAUAAAGUUUUAUCCCUGCCUGAUGGUUCUGUUCAAGCUGUGGUGGUAGAGCAAGCAACUAAAUAUUUUACCAAAAAGGAUUUGACUAGCCUCCAAGAAUUUGUGCAGUCUGAAAGCAAAACUUCUACAGCUUUGACUGUCAUAAAAAUUGGUGAAAAUGCCCAAUGGCAAUCUCCUAUUUCUAAUUACCUUAAACCUAAGCUGAAAGAAGAUCUCUGCAGCCGGUUGAAUAUUAAACCUUUUGACUUAAUCCUUUUAGUUUCGGGUCCAGGAUAUGAACCGCAUGUACUUCUUGGAAAACUACGUCUGCUAUGUGCUAACAUAUUGGAAUCUAAGGGGGUGAAUCUCAGAGAUCCAAACGAAUUUAAUUUUCUCUGGAUACUAAAUUUCCCACUUUUUUUACCCAGUGAGGAUGGUAAGGGUCUUGAAGCAGCACAUCAUCCCUUCACAGCACCAGUAUCUGAAGAUGCUGAAUUAUUGUAUACUCAACCACAAGAGGUCAAGGGUCAGCAUUAUGAUUUGGUUUUAAAUGGAAAUGAAAUUGGAGGUGGUUCAAUCCGUAUUCACUCUGCUGAAGAACAGAAAUUUGUCUUGGAGAAGAUUCUCAAGGAAGAUAGCAGCCAAUUACAACACCUACUGACUGCUCUUGACAGUGGAUGUCCACCUCAUGGAGGCAUUGCUCUAGGACUUGACCGUCUGCUAGCUAUCAUUUGUCAUGAGCCCAGUAUUCGUGAUGUCAUUGCAUUUCCAAAGUCACAUGAUGGAAAAGAUCCAAUGAGCAAAGCUCCUGCUACAAUCUCAAUUGAAGAUCAAAAUUAUUACCAUAUACAAACAAAACCUAGCAAAUGA